AUGGCAAGUGGAAGCCAAAUCACUGCAACAUCAACACCUUUCAAUCCAUCGUCUUGGAAGCCUGAUCCAACCAAAAAUUCAGCCGAGAACCUUGCUAGCUUCGACGCCUACUUCGUCUUUUUGAUGGCUGAUAUCAACUCCUACCGUGUUAACCUUGAACCGAAUGCGAAGUCGAAUGUAGUCCUCUCUGAUAGCGAAGAAGAAGUCGAUCAGAUGAAUGGUGAAGAAGAAGAAGACGACGAUGAUGAAGCUGACAAAGACAACGGUGAUGAUGAUAGCCAGGAGGGUAGGGAUCAAGACAACCAAGGAGAUAACCAGGAGGAGGAAGUGGACUCUGGUGACUACGAUACUGGCAGCGCUAACAGCAUCGGCAACCAGUAUUGGGGCGGCCGUUACCUCUAG